ACCUCGGUGACAAGACAAUUAUUGCCACGCUUGCCACGUAAGAUCCGCUAGAGACUGAUAGAAGCAAGUGCUACGUGUUCACCCGAACAUAUCCGUGUUUACGAUAAGAACAUUUCUUUCUCGCGAGAUAACAUUAUCGAUGCGAGUGAAUGUAAAAAGCUGCUAGUAUCAUAAACAUAAAUCUAUAGCGUAUCUUUUCUUUACGUGACCCUCAUUCACUUGUUGUCUCACGAAUUUCUGUGUCGCGGAUAACUACGUAAACUAAUUUGUCAGCAGCCCAGCGGUAUCAGGUAUCACUGCACGCACUGGACCUGGACGGGCUGGACGCCAUACGUCAUACGUGUGAUACGUGGCCACUUGGCUCCGUGGCCGUGGCCCGUGGCGACUGGCGUGGCCCGCCAUACUACUGACAAUAGUGACAAUAUAUCAAAGUUUCUUCAUUAACAAGACGGUAGACGGUAGUUAACAUAAGUAGUAACAUUGUGUGUUUCAACAACAAAGAGGGCAAUAAGCAAUAUAAAUAAUACCGCGGCGUAAUGCAGAAUAUUCGUAGGAAUGCAUGAAAAAAGAAAGAAAUUACAAACCAUGCGUGCUUUAAUACUUGUGGGUGGUUAUGGCACCAGAUUGCGACCUCUUACUCUAAGUCGGCCUAAGCCACUUGUCGAGUUUGCAAAUAAACCGAUGCUUCUACAUCAGAUUGAAGCACUGGUACAGACAAAUGUAAGUGAAGUUAUAUUGGCCGUUUCCUACCGGGCGCGGGAGAUGGAAGAAGAGUUGGUUCACGAGGCAAAGAAACUGGGAGUAAAACUUAUCUUUUCUCAUGAACCGGAACCAUUGGGUACCGCUGGGCCACUUGCGCUCGCGCGUGAAUAUUUAUCUGCCAGUGAUGAUCCAUUUUUUGUUUUGAACUCUGACAUCAUUUGCGACUUUCCUUUUAAACAGCUCCUCGACGUCCAUGAGAAUCAUGGUAAAGAGGGAACUAUAGUUGUCACUAAAGUAGAGGAGCCGUCAAAGUAUGGUGUAGUUGUAUAUGGAGAAGAUGGAAAGAUUGAGAGCUUUAUUGAAAAGCCACAAGAGUUUAUAUCUAAUAAAAUUAACGCAGGUAUGUACAUCUUUAAUCCGAGCGUAUUAAACAGAAUAGAAUUGAAACCUACGAGUAUCGAAAAGGAAGUCUUUCCAAGCAUGGCUCAGGAUGGAGAGUUAUACGCCAUGGAAUUGCCAGGCUUCUGGAUGGACGUGGGACAACCUAAAGAUUUUCUCACAGGAAUGUCUAUGUAUCUUGCCUCAUUGAGGCAAAAGCAUCCCGAACAGCUUUAUUCCGGGCCGGGUAUAGUGGGCAAUGUCUUGAUAGAUCCAACGGCUACGAUUGGCAAGGAUUGUAGAAUCGGACCCAACGUCACGAUUGGUCCUGGCGCCGUUUUGGCUGACGGAUGUUGUAUUAAACGAAGCACUAUUCUGAAAGCAGCUGUGAUAAAAGAGCAUGCUUGGCUAGAUGGUUGUAUCGUUGGCUGGAGAAGCGUUGUAGGACGAUGGGUGCGAAUGGAAGGUACAACUGUAUUAGGAGAAGACGUUAUCGUGAAGGAUGAAUUAUAUAUUAAUGGCGGACAGGUUUUGCCGCACAAGAGCAUUUCCACUUCUGUACCAGAACCGCAGAUUAUUAUGUGACCAAAGACCGUAAUCUGAGCUUGAGUCGGCUUGAAGGCAGCGAUCAAUCGAAACGACGACUUUUUAAUUCACUUUUAUUAUUUUUAUAUAAAAAAUGCGUCUCUGAGAUAUCUUCGCAUUAUAAAAAUUAAAUUAUUAAAAUUAAAAUGUAACUUUGUUCCACAAGUGAACGUACUGUAGUCUUGUCUUUUGGCAAACUACACAUACUACACACGACACUUAGAAACUUAAAUUACCUAUCUCACAUCAGUGUUGCAAAAAUAUAUAAUCAAUGAUAUCAGCGAGGA